AUGUUUGGAAGCAAAAAUGGUGUAUUAUGGGAGAUGUGCAAAUGGCGAACGAACUUUUGUGCAUCAGCGAACUUAACAUGCGGAGGGGGGGGAGACUCCUUUAUUUGGCCUAAACGGGUAUGUAUCACUUAACAGGGUAUAUAUUUUUCAGGGGGCUGAGUCACUAGAAAAUCAAAUUUCAUGAUGAAAGUUUAAAAAAUUACUGAAGUUGUACGCAAAAGGAAAUGACUCCAGAUCAAAAAAUUAUAGUAAAAAAGUGUGGCAAAAUGAGCGGUUUUUGUCUGAAACAGGGUCAGGGAUUUAAAAAGACCUGUACGGCACACGUCUACUCAAACAUUUCUUGUGUGCGCCCCCGCCCCAAAUUAAGGUCUAAAUGGCUAAUGUUCUACGCUGAAUUCUCCUUAAUUUGUAGCAUUGCAAAAGUCAACUCCGGCAUCAUUAGUAUGGAAUUUCUGUGCACAUUUCUCAGAGGUGAUUCGCGGCAAAAACCAGUGACUGUUAAUUUUCUCAGGCAAAGCUAGCCUGGGGCCUGCCUUUUUUGUGGGGAAGAACGGCGAAUAUCAGGAGGAGCUCAAGGGAAGGGGCAAACCGAGCGGGGAUUAAGGAGGAAAAGGGUACAUUGGCCUUUCCUUCUCACAGUCGUUCGCAGGCUCGCUUCGCUUCGUGUUUUUUGUUCUUUCCGCGCAGUUCACCGUUUUUCCCCAGCAAGGGGAGUGGUCUUCUCACCGUUUUAAGGCUUACUCUUGAAAAGUUCAAUUUUACCAAAAUGUUUAAUGUGAUCAAGUCGCUACCAACCCAUCGGACGUAGUGAUCUAAGAAAAUUAUUUUGAAAUUUCUUACCAGGUUUGCGGGAAAUAACAAUACACAGUCUGGCCAUUAAAUGUAUUGCAUUCCACGGAAGGUACUUCGGGGUCUUCCUUCUAAAAGAGAACAAUUAACGGGCCUUUUUUUAGUGCAAAGUUAAAUUCUACAAAACAAUGAAAGGUUUGAACCCAGGAGUCAUUUCAGAAGGAGGUUGAGCGUGAUCGUCCGGGUGGACGUAGUCCUGAAUAGGACUGUUGUUGACCGGGUUUGCUGACGUUUGGACAACCUGUGCGGUAGUCAUCUUAAGAGUCAAAGUGAGAUGUGUCACGUCAGUUGAUGGUAUUAAACUCUGGUUAUAGACCUGAUUGGUCAAUUAAGUUGCCAUGUUAUUGAUCGUCUGUCAUUUAAGCCGUGAUGUCAUUGGUGCGUUUCGAUCCGUCUAUUGUCACUGUUAACAGUCGUUCAUUGUUACUCAAAUUGUCGGUUGUCCAGUCACUGUCUAGUUAUUCUCUUGUAGUUAGAAUUGGCUUGAAUCCGUCAGUAACUCGUUUGUACUGUGCCGGUAACUGUUAACUUUACUGAAACUACGGUUCAGUGGCGUUUGUUCUAAGUUACUUAGUUAGUAAACCAGCUUUCUAAAGUGAGUUGUUGAUAGUAGUCUGUAGAAUACGUAAUACAUGUCGUAGAUGUCCCAUGCGGUCGAUUUCAUGUAUCGUCUGUAAAUAGUGUUCUGCAGCAAUGUGAUUGUUGACGUCACAUUUCUUGUAGCUCGUUUGUGCCUUCGGCAGGACAAGUCUCUGGCACCCGGGGUAUUUAGGUAUCUGUCAUCAAAAUUAACGUCACUUCCGCUUUGGGUCGAAAGUGUUCUCAGCAUCAUACGCUUAAGCCGAACAGUGAUUUUCCAAACCAAACCUGAUCUUCUCGAUCUGCAUAUGCAUCUUCAUCCUCGUAGAGUUCAUCUGCAUAUCCUGGCUCUUCAUUUUUAUCUGCGUAAGCGUUUUCAUCCUCUUGCUGAAGAAGUCCACCUGUAUAUCCGGAAUCUUCAUCUUCAUCUGCAUAGUCAUAUUCAUAGAGUCGAUUAAAUUUUUCCCCCAGAGGGGUCCACCUGGCCAUUGCCAUGGAAACCAGCAUCAACGAAGCAAUAACUGUAAACAGCUUCAUCUGGAGCAUAAACAUUUUAAACAAAGUAACCAUUUAUUCAGUAUAUAUAUGUUGUUCUAACUUUUGAGUCUGUGCACGAAAUCCCAUGAUGUGGCCAUUUAAAUAUAACCUCUUUGGCAAAACGUUCACACGGUAUGAUUUGUUUUCAAUAUUAAGCAUCAUUUCCUUUAUUCCCGUAACUGAAUGAAGUCGAGGAAUUAAGUAGAAAUGGAUCUUUUGUCUUAAUCCCGGCCCAACGUGCAAACGGACGCAACGUUGUGGACCACCAACUCCCAGUGCAACAUUGUUGGGAGUUGUUGCGUUCGUUUGCACGCGUAGCUAAAACUUUAACCGGUUUCAAUCUUUGCGUAACAAUUCCCAGCAACACGCACCAACAAAGAACAGGGCGUUUAAAUAGACGCGAUAUGUGACAUCCAACAAUGUUGGGAGUUGUUGGCCAACAAUGUUGCGUCCGUCUGCACGGAGCUUUAGAGGGAUGCCCACGGACAAUAUCGAAAUAAGAGGUUUGUCGCAGCCGAGCGGGGAUUUAACUAAAAAGGGUUUGAACAGUUUAAAAAUAAUGCCCCAGUUUUGUUGUUUUAGACUAUUAUUUUGGCAUUUAAACCGUUUCUUGUCGUUUGUUAGUCAAGACGGAUGGCCAGGGUAAACACGGAUUGAUUAGCAAAGAAUUGACCUGAAAAAAGCAACAUCUUCGUUGUCUUCGAGACAUGGCCCCUUUUAAAAUAUGUGGAGGGGAUGCGAAUGAGCAAUGCUCAGUGCUUUCAGAAAGUGCAUUUUGUAGGAUUAAUCGCACAGAAUUAAUUGAUUUGCACACAAUCAUUUGUAAAGGGGAUUUUAAGGUACGCCAGUAAAGUUUCAAAGAACGUCCAAAGAGAGGGUUGUCAGUAGGAAGUGUGUAUCAUGACAGAGUAAAUAAUAAUAGUUGCUUGCUGCUAAAAUUUCAUGCACUUCUAAGAUUGAUAAACGUGAAUACAAUUAACAUUGUGUAUAAUCUGUAUUCAAGAAUAAAACGGCCAACUUCAAAAGGCUUUAAGCUUUAAAAUCAUUACUAGAACGCUCUCAAUUAGCAAUAUAUGUUAAUUUUAUUGUUUAAAUUUUAGUCUUAAGAAGUAAAUGGCCGUUAUACAUGGAUGGUUUCAGCACAGCAGAAUUCCUUUACUACAUAUGGUUCUUAAUGGUGACUUAAAACACCACGCCUAGAAAAAAAUAAUUCAAGUUAGAAAUUAUAUGAUAUCUUUCCCAGUUUUUUUCUGAUUAUCUCCGAACAUACUCUUAAAAGAUAUCAUCGUGUCCUUGUGUCAUUCCGGCUCGCCUUGAUGAAAAGGUGUGUUGUCACAAUACAAAACUCCAGUCAAUGAAAAAAAAUACAGGUACCACUGACCUACUGAUCAGCAUCUUACAACAUCAAAAUGACUAACCAAAAAACCAACACUAAAUUUAAAUGUGACCAAGAGUAAAACAACGGACACUAAAGAAAGAACUGUGAAAUCAUGAAAACUACUACCACUAGUUUUGUUGUUUUAGACUCUAUUUUGGCAUUGAAACGGUUUCUUGUCGUUUGUUGGUCAAGAUGGAUGGCAAGGGUAAACAUGGAUUGAUUAGCACAGAAUUGACCUAAAACAGCAAUAUAUCCUCGUGACAUGGCCCUUUAAAAAAUACGUGGAGGGGAUGCGAAAAGUGUUUUCUUUAUGUUAAAUCGAUCAUUGAAAUGCUAAAAUAGCAAUGCUCAGUGCUCUCUGAGUACAAGUGCACUUUGCAGCAUUAAUCGCCAGCUCAACUUGCGUUUCUUUCGACCACGCUCAAGGAAAAAGACCGGCGUAAAAGGAAUCCAAAUCAAGCAUGUUUCUAUUAUUUUGCUGUGUAGGCCGAUCGCCUUGAGGCAACCGUAGAAAUAUGCAAUGUGGUACAAAGUGGUUUAACCGAAGUCUUUGUGUGGCAACUAAUAAAUUCCAAUGGAGCCUCUUUAGCAGUUCUGUGCCUUAAAAGGUCUGAAAGCCAAGAAGCUUUCCGUGGCUGGCUAGGAAUCACCAUCGAUUCCUACGGCGAUAGAUUUUAUGUUUUUUAAUAGUAAUUAAAGUUAAUUUCCUUCGAAGGUCGAAGUGUGCAUGGUUAUUUAGUAAGCUUAAUGGCGUUAGGAACGUAUUCGUGACCAACAGAUCUUAUGAAUAGGAAAAUAAAUAUGUUUGGCCGAUUUAAACUGGUUAAAUCACUUCUCAAGAAGUGAAGAAGCAUUUACCCACCUUAAUUCAAAAUUCGUUCUGUCCGUAGUUUCUUACGCUACAGAAUGAGUGCUUAAUCAAAUUGACUGAGGGUGGUAAGAUACUUCCCUUAAUCUUUAAAAGGUAGCCGGGGGAGGAGCUUACUGAUUUACCGGCAACUAAUUUAUCCUCUCUAAUUGUAAAAAGCCCGCUUUUUGUCCAAACAUUGAGCCCUUUAAGUCGCAGAUCUUUUGUGAAGGGGAAUUAUAAGUUUCGUCGGUAGUUUCAAUGCAAUCGAGAUCGGAUUUAUUUUCUUCUUGGCAAACACUUUAGAGAAAUCAGAGAGCACUUUACCGACAGAACUUUAAGGAACGUACAAAGGGAGUCGGGAUUGUGAAAGGCAGUUGAGAUAUGCAUUUCGUGACUGAACUGAUGAAUCUACAAAUUGCUUUCUACUCUGCACUUUGGGUUAAUAUCGCGGAUUAACUCGAAUACAAUUAACAUUGUGUAUGGAAGAACAAAACAACCAACUUCAAUAAGCUUUUGCCUUGAAAUCAGGACUACAACGUUGUUACAUAUAAGUAUAUUUUAUUGUUUAAAUUUUAGUCGUUGGAAGUAAUGGCCGUGAUAGAUAGAUGGUUUCACAAAAGCAGAAUUCCUUUACUUAUAAUGGGCUUGUUAUUAAUGAAUAAUAAAGUAGAAAAAAAAAGACUUACUCAAGCUUGGAAGUUGUAUCUCUCGCCUAGAGAUUACUCUGGGACGACUAGACAGGCUUUCACGGGCUUUAUCUUCUGAUGAAUCGUGCAAUCAGGCGGAUUGAACUAUAUUCUUAAUACUGCUGAAAAACAUCAAAGAAGAUGCCGUUGCUAUCUAUCAAAGUUCUUGAUAUCUUUGGUAACUUUUCUGCAAACUUAACUAAACUUUGACUUUUCCUUGUCCAUCCUUAUCUGCAGUAUGGAACCGUUGUUUUAGGCACUAAUUCUCAAAAAAGAGAAAUCUCUAAAUCCCAUUUGAUUACGGACAGUUUGCUUCGUCCCAGAGGAAAAAAUCGCUUACAUUUUCUCUAAAUUCAGUCCGCUUAAUACGAACACCUGGUUAAUACGGGCAGUUUGUACGGCCCCCUCAGUGUCCAUAUUAAUGGGGUUUCGGCUGUAGUUCCUUUUCAUUACUAACAGCGGCGGGGAGGAGCCUUUUGUCCAAUCAUAAAGUCCUUUUGCACGUAAUCUUCUGUAAAGGGUAUUUUAAGGUACAUCAGUUUUAACAAUUAUAAUUUCAUCGAGAUGGAACGACGAUUUUUAAGAACUUCUCCUACCAAUAAAAAGUUCGCGAUUCAAAUCAGAAAGAUUAGUGAACUUUCAUGUAUGUAACUGUUACUUACGUAGCACCAACUAGUUUGAGAUAGGUUUUUUAUUUUCCCAUUUUCCUUAUUCUCGGUCCUGUUAUCAUGUUUAUAGUUUUAACAAUUAUCCCACAGCUUUUAGCCAUGUAAAUAAUUUUAUAUUGAUUAUUUUAUGUCAUUCUAACUAAUUUUGUAUUUUUCUUUUAAAACUGGGUGCAUUAGCCAGUUAUAGGCGAAUCUUUGUUGACAUGUUUGUUCGCCCAAUUUUUGUUUUCAUGUGGGAACACCCCUUACGUGUGAACAUAUGCUGUCCGUGGGCUGUGAAAAUUUUUAAGGGGGCCAAGGCCAUUGCGAGUACUACGGAUGGUGAUAUUAAUAAUCCAGUUGCAAAUAAAAAGACAACAAUGUGUCAGUAAUUACUGACAGCUCUUCAAAUCUCAAGUCAGUCUGUUGAAACGAAAUUCUCCUGCAUUUCAUAAUCAGGGCAAGGUUCAUGUUUAGAAAUAGAUUUUAGUGUCUGUACCCAGGGGCUUCUUGAGAUUUUCGCGUUAGUCGCAGAGCAAGAAAAUAUGAGAAUUUUUGGCCUGCAACAUUAAAAUAUUAAGAAAGCUUCCGAUCCCUUGCGACGUGACUACAGCAUAAAAUUCCGAGAAAUACUGGAUGUGACGUCAUUCCGUCCAACAAUAAUUUGGCGUCAAGCCGUUAUAUGUGUUUAACAAACAAUGGUUUCGUUCAUUAAUGCAUUGUGUUGCUUCAAUUCAUAACUGACUUGUGUUUUGGGUAAUAACAGGUGCGUCUUAGCAGUAGUUUAAUUAUACAAUUCAUUUCCCUUUCACUAACGAGGCAGAUUAGGAAUAGAAGUUAGCAUGUAAAUACAUGCAAAAUACUAACAAAAAAUUUAGAAGCAAUUUUGCACCUUGUGCCUACGGUAAAUACUCGCUAUUUUAAAACUGAUUGAACUUUUCAUUCCUUAUCGUGUGGACUGCCAAGAACAAACUGAAACAAUCUCAAGCGACUAAAGAAGGUGGAAAAGAAAAACACUAGUUAAAAAAGUAUGUUUUGGAACAAUUCUAGUCAGGUUAAUGAAACUUCACUUCAACAGAACAGGGAUGAUGGAAAUCUUGAGACUACUAUAUAAAGGUAUAUUUGGCAGCAUCGCAGUUCUUGCUUUCCUGGGCAAUCUUCUGCUGUGCUUCGUUAUUUGCAGACGUCGAGAUCUCCUUUCCAAGCCCUACAACAUUUUAAUUCUGAAUCUCACAGCUACAGAUUUAUUGACAGGUAUGAGUAAACAUUAUUAUAGUAAUAAAUCCUAUUCUCCAGUAGCUCAGUGGUUAGAGCGUCCGAGCAAGUACAAGGAGGGUCGUGAGUUCGAUUCUCAUCUGGGGCUCGGAAUUUUUUUCUGAGCUUUCUGGUCUUAGAAUUCUUCUCAUUGAAUACUUUUAACUAUUUGCUUAUUUUUACUUAAGCACAUAGCAAAGCACUGCACUCUUUGGCCUCAGUUCUGGCUAAAAUUCAUUUUAUAACGGUAAGUUUAUUAUGUGCCUUAUAGUAGAUAAAGUAAACUUUAUUGGAGCGGUUUUUUUCCCGGUGAAGGAGGAAAAUUAAAGUUACUGCUUAACAGUAGUCAUUUCGAAAUUCGUAUUUAAAUAUUUCUAACAGACAACAAGAUAGGUGAUAACGUAAAAAUGUUAGCGUUUACUGAGCUCCAAUACGGUACGAUAAGUGGGCUUUUGUUUGGCCACAAAACGGUGAUCAUGAUUUGGCAAGUAAUUUGAACAUCGACUAGUUUUUCAAAAAACAAAGUCAUGAGAAUGAAUAUUCUGUGAGCAUACGCAGCUGAUAUUAAAAGGAUUGUCUCCGGGCUGCUUGAAAUGAUCGAGUCUAGACACCUGUCCCUUCGUUGACAGUUUUCAUCUCAAACGGCAGGAAAAGGCUUGGUUCCUCCUGGCUCGGCUUCUUGAAAAUUUGCCCAAGAAUAUUAAAUGUCAAAUUUUUGAC